AUGGCCAGCGACCCCUCCGGGCGCCGGCUCCUGCCGCAGAAUGCCCAGCUCAACACCUUCGCCUUUGCGCCCCCAGCCUAUCAGCAGCUUCGCGAGACACAGAAAAACUACGUAUUUGUAGAUGAGCACAACCGCCACAAACGCCUUAAGGUCAUGAGAGCAUGUGAAGGAUGUAGAAGAAGAAAGAUCAAAUGCGAUGCAGCAACGACAAACACUUGGCCCUGCUCGGCUUGCAUCCGCCUCAAGCUGCAGUGUGUACGGCCCCACGGCCUCCAUGAGGGCCGCCCUGAAGACGGCUUCGAGCUCGGCACUGAGCAGGAAUACGAGGUUGUAGGCAUGCAAGACUCUUAUCGCCAAGUCCAAAUGCCACCACAAUCGUCGUCUCCACAGCAGCACCACGGGGCCAUGAUGGCUGGGCAGCAGAAGCCUCACAUGUAUCCGCACCAGCCACAAUAUGCGGAUCACCAGGGCGUGUAUCCAGUUUCUUACGGCGAGAGCUCCCAGUUGCCGCCGGGGGUUGCCUACUCUACAAUGACAACACCAGCAAAUGCCCUUGAGUCUCACAGCUACCAGUCAGGGAGCGUUUUCCACACACCCCCAGCAGUCUCCGCGAACGUCCCGCAAUCGGCGUCCCCUGCCGACUCGUAUCAACACGACUCAUAUCAACAACCCGACCUGUCGGAUCUCCUGGGCUCUCUGCAAGUGAAUGAGAUAGGAACAGCUCCAUACUUGAAUAACAAAUCCGCACUCAACGGCCCAGAGGAAGAAGAACCCACGGUUGAGCAGGAGGAGGACUACAGCUACCUACACACCCUCGGGCCAGGGUCCAAGAUUCGAAUCCCACCGGAGCUGAUGCCCUCCGACGACAUUUGUCUUCACUACCUCGACCUCUACUUCGCGAACGUGCACCAAUACGUUCCUGUCCUGAACAAGGCGCAACUCUACCACCAGUUCCAGACCAACCGCGACUCAAUAUCCCCACUGCUGUUGGAGGCCAUCUUCGCUGUCGCAGGCCGUCUUGCGGAUGAGCCAACUCAGGGUCAGCAGUGGAUAGCUCUUGCCUCAAAACAUCUGGAGGCCUUCAUGGACGUACCCCGGCUCAGCACCGUCCAGGCACACUUGAUCAUUCUCAAGGCCCGAGAAGCAAUGCCGAAACGUGGCUACUACUACAGAUCCUGGUUGUCAAUCGUCAAUUGCUUCCAGAUGGCAAAGGAUCUUGGCCUGGAUGAGCAUUUUGAAGACCACCAGGAGGGAAAGCCAUGUGGCUCCUCGCCGGUAGAUUGCCUAACCAAGAGCCGUGUCUGGCAGACGAUCUUUACAUGCGAAAAUAUGAUCGCAGGCUCGCAAGGUCGCGAUGAUCUGCACAUCAAGAUGUCCACUGUAGAUUUCAGCCUUGGGAGGCCAAUGCCUGGUAUCGACGCAGAGGAGCUCGAGGUCUCGCGCAACUUUACAUUCAUGGCUCGCAUUGUUCGAAGCGUCCAUCGUAUGAACACGGUCUAUGGCAAGAUAAAGAGAAAGAAGGACUGGGCGCUUGACCCUGAAUUCCAAAAGAUCAACCCGGCCGUAACAGGGUGGCUGGAUGAGCUUCCUGCCGAUAUGGCGUUGACCUUCACUCCGGAUGGGGCUCCUCCGUGGUUACCAACACACUUUCUCGGAAACCUCCAUUCAUAUUAUCACCUCAGCGUCAUCCUGUGCCAUCGCCCACAGCUGAACUUGCUAGACCCUACGCAUCCGAACGGAGCCUGGAAGUCGCAUAUGAUGUUGAGUUAUUCGUCAGCCAAGGCGUUGUGUCGGAUACAGGAGUCCAUGUUACAGUCAUUCGGUCUCAACGGGCUGCAGUGCAUGCAGCGAGGUAUCAGCUUCACAAUUUACUCGGUCCUCGCUUGCAUCGUUCUCCAUUUGGUUGCGCUCACCUCCCCUGAUCCAGAACUCAAUGGUGAUGCGCGGGAAUACUUCACGAGGCAUAUGCGGAUUCUUGAGAAAACUGUGGAAGGCUGGCCCCUGCCUGACAUGCUCAAGCAAAUCGACUCGGUGCGGCAGGCGUUCUCAGCUGACGUCCGGAAACCUUUCGUGUUGAAACCAAGCUUCCCUUACGGAAGCCCACAUCCGAGCACGCACUCCAGUCCUCCUCGCACGACAGCCUUCAAGCCAGAGAUGCUCCGGACCAAUUCUGUCGAGCAGACCAUCGGCACACAAGCCAGUCAUCAAUCGCAAGUCAGUUAUGCACACCCAAUAACGCCGAUCUCCAUCGGAUCCGUGGACAACAAUAGUGACUCUUCUCCCUUGCAGUCACUCGGAAUGAUGUCUACCAGUCAGGGCUCGCACGCCACGCCACUACAAAUGUCGGACACUACGCCGGCUUGGAACCCCUCACGCAUCUUUGAUCAAUGGAACACCACCUUCGGUACGCCCCAUCCUCCUCCGCCCUCUCUGGAGGCCAUGGCCGAAACUUCAGAAUCUCUAAACCUUUCCUCUGCAGGUGCUCCAGAGGUUCCGACCACAGUGGACAUUCAAAUCGCCACAGCUGCGAUCUCACCAAACAUCCAACAAAUGACACCACAACAGUACUCCAGUGCCCCCGUACAGAGCUAUAUCACUCCGGCAAUGUGGCAGGAAUCGGUAGCCAGUGUGUACGAGGGCGGCCUCAAACGAUCUUGGGAUUACACUGGCGACGUUUCGCUUGCUGGGCAAAUGCCGAAGCGUCGUUGA